UGAAACAAAUUCGUUUUAAAUUAUAAUGUAUCCAAUGUAUACCUUUUAAAUUAAGGAAUUAUAUUUAAAUUGAUCGAUAACAUUGGUGAUGUAAUAGAUAUAAACCUGUCCAUCUGCAGGCAGCGUAAACAACCAGUUAUCAAGUUAAUAUGUUUGCAAAGUAGCCUACUUAUGCAAACCUCCAGUAGUUACGGAACAACAACAUGUGGAGUUGUGCUUCUGGUCACCUGGCUAAUGUGAGUCCAAAAUGGUCUGUCCUUUCUAGCUCUGUUUUUGGUCUGUGCUAAAUAAACUAUCCGACUUGUUAAGCUAACAGCUUUCAAACUUCAAAUUCAGCAGUCCGUUGCUACGGUGCUAGCUUUUGGAGCCGUUUCAGGCUGGGCAGACGGACAGAGUUCCUCUCUUCGUGCCGUGUUCUCAGCGGCAGCUUGACGCCGCUCCGGUGAGGAGAGGAGAGAGGAGCUCCGCCAGUGGACCAGGGAGAGCGUGGUGAGGAAUCCCAGCAGCCCCAGGAGAGUGAUAGCCGGACCGGCUGGACCCCCCGGAGGAGGACCCGAGAGAGAACCACGUUGCCACGGGAGAGGCCCCUGUUCAGGGCUGCAGUAUGUUCACCUCAGUGAAGGCCUUCGAGGGGCAGCAGUACUCCACCCUGAAGAGGCAGUGCCUGCAGAGUGGCCUACUCUUUGAGGACCCUCGCUUCCCCGCCACCGAUGACUCGCUCUUCUACCAGGGCAACAGGAUCGGACGCGUGGUCUGGAAGAGGCCUCGGGAGCUGUGCGAAGACCCUCACCUGUUCGUAGAUGGCAUCAGCGCACACGAUCUACACCAGGGACAGCUGGGUAACUGCUGGUUUGUAGCAGCCUGCUCCAGCUUGGCCUCCAGAGAGUCUCUAUGGCAAAAAGUCAUUCCUGACUGGAAGGAGCAGGAAUGGGAUGCAGAGAAGCCAGACUCGUAUGCUGGAAUUUUCCACUUUCGCUUCUGGCGCUUCGGUGAGUGGGUGGACGUGGUGAUUGACGACCGGCUACCGACGGUGGACAACCAGCUGGUCUACUGCCACUCCAAUGACAGCAACGAGUUCUGGAGUGCCCUGGUGGAGAAGGCCUACGCCAAGGUUUAUGGCUGCUACGAGGCUUUGGAUGGGGGGAACACGGCUGAUGCACUGGUGGAUUUCACAGGCGGUGUUUCAGAGCCGGUGGACCUGCUGGAGGGUCAGAUGGCAACAGACGAGGUGGCCCGUAACCAGCUGUUUGAAAGAGUUCUUAAAGUCCACAACAGAGACGGCCUUAUCAGCUGCUCCAUCAGGGCCACCACUGUAGAGGACAUGGAGGCACGGCUGGACUGUGGCCUGGUCAAAGGCCAUGCCUACGCAGUGACUGACGUGAGGAAAGUGCGGCUUGGUCACGGACUGCUGGCCUUCUUCAAAUCGGAGAAGCUGCACAUGAUCCGCAUGAGGAACCCCUGGGGAGAGAAGGAGUGGAGCGGCCCCUGGAGCGACAGCUCAGAGGAGUGGAACAAGGUGAGCAAGAGCGAAAGGGAAAAGCUUGGCGUCACCGUGCAGGACGACGGCGAGUUCUGGAUGACGUUUGAUGAUUUCUGUCAGUACUUCACGGACCUGAUCCUGUGCCGCCUCAUCAACACCUCCUACCUGAGCAUCCACAAAACCUGGGAGGAGGAGGUGAUGAGGGGCUCCUGGGUCCACCGCCAGGACCCUCUUCGCAACCGAUCCGGAGGCUGCAUCAAUCACAAGACCACCUUCCUGCAGAACCCUCAGUAUGUGUUUGACGUGAAGAAGGUGGAGGACGAGGUGCUGAUCUGCUUACAGCAAAAAGAAAAGAGAGCCACACCCAAAGAGGGCAAAGGAGAAAACCUCGCCAUCGGCUUUGACAUUCACCGGGUGGAGCUAAAUCGGAAGUACCGUAUGCACUCAGCCCAGCAGAAAGUAGCGGGCUCCAUCUACAUCAACUCACGCUGCGUCUUCCUCAGGAAGGAGCUGAAGGAGGGCCGUUACGUCAUCGUUCCCACAACUUUUGACCCCGGGCAGCAGGGCGACUUCCUGCUCCGUGUCUUCACUGAUGUGCCUUCAGACUGCAAAGAGCUGACCUUGGAUGAGCCUCCUCAGACGUGUUGGACGGGGAUGUGUGGCUACCCUCAGCUGGUCACUCAGGUCCAUGUACUGAAUGCUGAGGGUCUGCAGGGACAGGAUUCCAAUGGAGCUGUGGAUCCUUACGUGAUCAUCACCUGUGAAGGAGAGAGGGUUCGUUCACCAGUUCACAAGGACACGCGGUGCCCAAACUUUGACAUCAAAGGCCUGUUCUACCGCAAGAAACCCAAGGAGGGCAUCCACGUCGAGAUCUACAACAAGAACAUGAUCGUGGACACCUUCCUGGGUCAGGUGAUCCUGUUCAGCGACCCCAACGAGCGGCAGGAGCAGCACACGCUUCACCUCCGCGACAAGGGCAGCCGCCAGGACAACGACCUUCCGGGCACGCUCACUGUGCGCCUCAUCACCUCGACCACGCUCACCAACAUCUGAAGGGAUCCCUUAUACAAUUACAAUGAUCAACUCUCAAGGUGGCGUUCGAUCGUGCCCGCCGUUCAUGCUCACCGUCCGUCCUCAAACCACUGCAAGCGCUCACUGUGUUAUUUUCUUCUGCCGCUUGCGCUCUUCGUGUCUCUCGUUUGUCAUUUUUCUUUUGCUUUGGCAUUCAAGUUCUUUGUUGUUUUUUGAAGGCCUGCACCUACGUUGGAAGGUGUCCAUCUUUGAUCUCAUUCCUGCCAAAUUAUCCUUAAUUUUAGUGUCAGAAAUUUGUUCCUAAAGUAGCUUUUGUAGCCAGAAACUCCAUCAACAACUAAGCUACAGUUUGACAGAUUUUUAAGAAGAGGCCAGUAUUAGCCUUAAGUUUUAUCAGUCUGAUCCUAAACUACAAGCUCCUUGUUUUAUUUCUGCAUAUUAUUAUCUUCACUAACACACACACACACACACACACACACACAUACAGUACAUAUGCAGACAUUUCUGCGCUCUCCAUGCAUGUGCCAAUGUUUCCAAGGGCUAUGCAUUGCCUUAAGGUUGAGUCCGUCUCUCCACCUUGAGGAGGUGGGGGGUGAUGAUAAAUACUCUGUAUCCUCUGCUGUUAGCACAGCUUUCCAUUCUUCAAACUCAUGUCCCGCUUUUCGUCAUAGUUUCAGUUUCUUUCUCCUACAUGUUGACAUAAUGUGUACUUUUAUUUGUGCGUUUUCAUCCCACCCGGUCCGCUCAGCCAGACACCUCAAGUCUUCUUCACCAGUUAUGCCGGUGCUUGGGAGCGCAUGCAGCACUGUCUGUCACUUUGUACUAUGGACUUUACAAACGAUAACCGACUGCAGCUAUUCUCUCCCUCUACUGAGAGCUUUUCUGUGUUGUUCUGUGAGUGCGCUCGUGUGUGAAAUCUUGCCUCCCGUCUUCCAUCACCAUUUCAAACUCCCCGAGACGCUUUCUGCCGGUUGCUAUGGACGAUCUCAAAACUGCAUGGCUUUAAAAAAACAAACAAACGAUAAAAUUGAACUCUUUGCCUGUGCUGCACAUCUCUUCGGUCGUAGCUUAGCAGCCGGUGCAUCUGACAGUACUCCUCUUCCUCUUUGACCCCCCCCCCAAAUGUGUACACCUUCCCAGUCCAGCGGAGUGCAAAGAUUCACCCUGACAUAAUCAAGUGCUUUAUGGGACCAAAGAUGAGCCAGACCCUCCGCUCUCUUAGUCCCCUUUUGAACCGGUCUGGCCUGACCUGGCCUGGCCUGGCUUGGCCCAAGCCUAGCUACAAACCACCACCCCCUGUGCCACAUCAUCUCUUAACGGCAACACCACUGCCUGACGCUUCCUCUGACUUGAGUCUGUUGGCCCGGGCCAAAGGCUUAUGCCACGUGACCCCGAGAGACAGCAGCUGUGCUUCUGCUGAUGGCACAGAACAGGCGUGUGUGUGCGUGUGUGUGUGCGUGUGCGUGUGCGUGUGUGUGUGUGUACUGCUAGAUCCAGCCUUGCUCUGAAUGGGAGUGCCUGGGGUGAAUGUAUAUGUGUUGGUCCAUGUUGUACCCGGAAGAAAUCGAUUUCUGAGGAAAGGUGUGAACCGAAAAAGAAAAGAGCCCUCCAGGGGAACACACACACCUUGCACUUUAUUUCAUUUCACAGUGGGAGAAAAAGACCCUCAAGUAAAAAAGAAAGCGGGGGGAGCACAGAGGAGCCGUCCUGCCAAACAACCUGUGCCAUCGCCUUGGGUCCUGGCUUUGCCUCUGCGGCAGGAAAACAACAUGAGACUUUUGAUGAACUCUGUUGAACCAGUGCUGGUACAAUGUAAUCUAUCUCUUGAUCUCUUGAUGGCGUUUCUUGCAUCGAUCACGUGGCCAUCCAGUUUGACCUUUUAGCACCGAGGCUUUUAAUGACAGAAGCCCAGACAGAAAAGUGCAAUAUCAUUGCAGAUGAUUUUCAUUCCAAGUUUUAUUGACUUUUGUGUAUUUUCCUAUCCCCCCUCCCCCUUCAUGUUUCUUAAGAAUAAUUAAAAAUCUAAGUUACAGUUAUUAUCAAGACAUUUCCUUUUGAAUGUAACAUUUAGUGGACUAAUCUCUCAGUCAAACUAUCAAGUCCUUUUUCCUUGUUUUUCAGCGCCUUUUUCCAUUACUUGAACUGUCGCACCUGGCGUUCAGUUGAUCACACACCUUUGUGUACAGCAUCUUUAUAAAUGUGUCUUGCAUGGGUUAUUUUUCCAGUAUGUUCAUGGCCUUGUAUUGUACUGUUAAACUGUUACUAUAUAUAUUUAUUCUUUCUAUCUCAAAAAGUCUUGGAAAUGCUAGUUUUGAGCAGUCAGCAUGUCUACACUAAUGCACCUCCUGUCAGUCUGAUCAUAUCAACAGGUUUGAAACAGUUACGUCUUGUAAUACAGUGAUGCAUUCAUAACGCCUCUAGCGUCAGUGAACAUUAGCAGCAGUUGUUGACUACUAUUUAGGUGCUACUUAUCUUCUCCGUGCUCUUUUUUGUGUUGUUUUCAGUCUGACAGAGUGUUUUCGUUAAGACUGAAUUUGGAAAAUGUUUGCUUGCAGCGUUAGAAACUGAAGUGCCAAGCGGUGGGAGGUUUAACAUGUGAGCUUGUUGCUGGAAAGCUGUUGGUCUUUAUUUACAAACCAGGUGGGAGAAGAAGGAAGAACUUCUCCCUCACCGAGUACUGCUGAAGUGUCCUUGUGCAAGGCACUGAACUCCUACCUGCACCAGAGGAGCCUCGUAUUGGCCAGCUGUUGGAAAGAGCAGCUUCCAGGUGUGACUGCUUAUGCUGGUUUAAACUGUGGUGACAGAUUUUUGGUGCUAAAGGCGUCGACUGAUGUUUGGAUUUGGUUCACAGACCAGCGGGUGCCUCAUGUUUUACCAGCAGAUUUGAGUCACACGACUAAGCGUGUUCAUCCAUUUUCUAAAAGCUAAGCAUCUGAUUUGCUGAAAAAUGACUUUUGAAAACUCGCUCUUCAUUCUAACAUUAACCUUCAAACUAACACAAACAAAAAAAAGGUUCAGUUGGGAAACUCAAACACUUGUCUGAGAGGUUUCUUGCAACAACUGACAGUAAUUAUUUUAAAAUUAUUUUAAAAUUAUUUAUUUAUUUUUGCCAGUUGCUUCAAAACAAAGAUGGUGGCAGGAAAUGUCAUAUGCCCUCGCUAGAUGUAGAUCACUUUUUCUGUGCCAUAACUGUCUUCCCAGUUAUGGCACAGUAAAAUCAUCUUGUUGGGAAAACCAGUGCUUAGCUCUGUGACUCAAAUGUAAUGGUAAUGCAUCAGAGGUACCAACUGGGAGUAGGCGAUAUCGGCUAUAAUUCUCUAAAAGUCUGACAUCAAGCCUUGUUCUCUUAUUUUACAUCACAAUUUAUAAAAACCCAAAUAGAAUAUUUUCAGAAACAUAUUAACCUACACAAAUGGCUUAAAAAACAGCUCCAUGGCACAUUCAUGUACACCAGUUCAACCUCACUGUCUACUUUGAGUCGGUGUUUAAUAUUUGUGUUGUUGUGAUAGUUGCUAAAUGCAUUGACAGCAUUUUUUGUGUUUUACAAACAUACUGAAUUUGUGUUUGCAGCUCAUUUAUUAUCAAUAUACUAACAGAUUCUUUGUUUUAGUGCU